UCCGUGUGUACAUACCAAACCAAACCGGUUUGGAAAAAAAAAAAUUAAAAUCCCUAAGAUUACCAAUACUCUCGUCUCGGACUGAGCCAGAUCCGUUUCUCCUUCACUUUCCUCUCUCGAUUCUGUCUCACUAAGAUCGACACUUUUCCGGCGUUUCCGGUUUAACAUCUUCGUCGCGCAGAGCCACGUCUUCUUCUCACCUUGGCACAAUCAAAGUCGUGUUCUUCUUCGUUCUUGUUGUAUAAAACCAAAACCAAAACCAAACUUAAGUCUUUUUGCACCAUACGAUGAACGAUCUUCUAAAGGGUUCGUUUGAGCUUCCAAGGGGUCAAUCUUCUAGAGAAGGGGAUGUGGAGCUAGGGGAACAAGGAGCAGCAGAUCAAGGAUUAGAUGAUUUCUUCAAAAAGGUUCAAGAUAUUGACAAACAAUAUGAAAAGCUCAAUAAGCUUCUAAAGAAACUUCAGGCUGCUCAUGAGGAGUCCAAGGCUGUGACCAAAGCUCCCGCCAUGAAGGCAAUAAAGAAGAAAAUGGAAAAAGACGUUGAUGAAGUGGGAAGUAUAGCUCGUUUCAUUAAGGGGAAACUCGAGGAGCUGGACAGAGAGAACUUGGCAAAUAGACAAAAACCUGGGUGCGGGAAAGGAUCUGGUGUGGAUCGAUCAAGAACAGCGACCACACUUUCCUUGAAGAAGAAGCUAAAAGACAAGAUGGCCGAGUUUCAGGUUCUAAGAGAAAACAUCCAACAAGAGUACCGCGAGGUUGUUGACAGGCGUGUUUUUACAGGUAUGUAUGUUAUUUAUGUUAUGAGAUUGCUUUACUUUUCCUUUUCUUACGUCUCCGUCUUAUUGUUUCUGUGUGUGUUUUCAAUUGCAUUAGUAACUGGACAGCGAGCGGAUGAAGAUACAAUUGAUGAGUUGAUUGAAACUGGAAACAGCGAACAGAUCUUCCAGAAAGCGAUUCAGGAGCAAGGAAGAGGACAGGUAAUGGACACAUUGGCGGAGAUUCAAGAACGUCAUGAUGCUGUCAGAGACUUGGAAAAGAAACUUCUUGACUUACAACAAAUUUUCAUGGAUAUGGCAGUUUUGGUUGACGCACAAGGAGAGAUGCUUGACAACAUUGAAUCUCAGGUGUCAAGUGCAGUAGAUCACGUGCAAUCGGGAAACACGGCUCUCCAAAGAGCAAAGAGCUUACAAAAGAACUCAAGAAAAUGGAUGUGUAUUGCAAUCAUCAUCCUUCUCAUUGUUGUUGCUGUGAUCGUUGUUGGUGUUCUCAAGCCUUGGAAAGACAAGAAAGCUUAGAUGAAUACGAGAAUAUGUGUAAACAAACAAACAAAAAUCAUCCUUACGUGCGGCUUUUAUUGAGCGAGUGUUUGUGAAAUGUGUGAAGAGUCUUUUUACCACAAAACGAAAUUCUAUAUUCUUUUAAUUGGAUGAACAAACCAAUUUCUCUA